UGGUAUUUUAAAAAUAUUAAAAAAAGAGAAUUUAAUUAAAAGGGGGGACCGGGGAAGGAGAAGAAGAGCUUUGGUGUUGAAAGAGCAGAGACCACAUAGCACAGAGCAGAGAGGAUUGCGAUAAUGAGUAACGAAUACGAUUACCUGUUCAAGCUUCUGCUUAUCGGCGACUCCUCCGUCGGAAAAUCAUGCUUGCUUCUCCGAUUCGCUGAUGACUCCUAUGUGGACAGCUACAUAAGUACCAUUGGAGUUGAUUUCAAAAUCAGAACCGUCGACCUACAAGGAAAAACCGUCAAGCUCCAGAUUUGGGAUACAGCCGGACAGGAGCGAUUCAGGACUAUAACUAGCAGUUAUUAUAGAGGAGCGCAUGGAAUAAUUAUUGUCUAUGAUGUCACUGAGAUGGAAAGCUUUAACAAUGUCAAGCAGUGGUUAAAUGAGAUUGAUAGAUAUGCAAAUGACAGUGUGUGCAAGCUUCUUGUGGGGAAUAAAUGUGAUCUAGUUGAUAACAAAGUUGUAGACUCACAAACUGCCAAGGCCUUUGCGGAUGAGCUCGGUAUCCCUUUCCUUGAGACAAGUGCCAAAGACUCUAUCAAUGUGGAACAGGCUUUCUUAACUAUGGCAGCAGAGAUUAAGAAGAAGAUGGGAAGCCAAACAGCUGUUGGUAAGUCGGCAGAAGCCGUUCAAAUUAAGGGGCAACCAAUCCCACAGAACAGCAACUGUUGUGGUUAGGUUUUACGUUCUGUUAUAACUGUUAUAUGAAAAUAGGGAGACUCUUUCUUUACUGUGUUAUGACAUGGAUGUUUAAGUAUUAACUCUUAAAAUAUGACUUGUCAUCUAUUUAAAUCCCUGGAUAAUGUUGUUCUGAA